CAUUGUGUGUAGUCUAUUAGUCUAUAUCUAACGGUGACGUACACAUCUAGUUUCGGUUUAGAUUUCCAUAAGGAAGAUAUUGUCAGCCAUUAUGAAAACUGUGUGAAUUAUUUCUUCAACAACACAGGUUCAAGAUGUCCCACAAUCCACAGACUUGGAAUAAGACACACGUUGUGAGAUCAGGUUCAUCAGAUCCUGAUGUAAGAUGUCGUAUCACUAUUACAACCAAACUAUCUAAUGUAAUCAUAUUCCAAAAUGUACUAGAUAUAACAAUGUAUCGGUUUGCACAGGUAUAUAAAGUCAAACACCUUAAGCAACAACUUGUAAAUGGGCUGUCGCAAUUUAAAUGUGUUCUGGUUGACAUACCCAAACCUCCUUGUCGUCUGAUUUCGGCCACGGUAGACGGCAUAAGACGGGAGAAGUUCAAAGACAACAUCAUUCAAUUAUUAAAUAAGUUUUCUGGGUACUGUGAGGAAUGUACUGUCUCACGACAAGCCUACAAGAUAUUUAAAGAUAGUGAUUUCCUGUUUACUGUAAUAGCUAACAGAGGCAGUAAGGUAGAUAUAGUUUAUUGUAAAGAUGAUUACAUAGAAUGGGCAGUGAUCUUGGAAGGUUGCAGCGAGAAGCAGAAACUGGAUUUGAUGUUAUUACUAGACAAUGUGAACCAAACAAGGUACAUACUCAACGGAAACGAAAUCAGUAUAAUUACUAGUCCUAAUAAUACUGAUUUUAUACUUGAUAUAUGUCAUAACUUUGAUAACGGUGGUUGCACUAUGAUAUAUCGUGGUACGAGUAACGAAUCACACGUUAAUACCAAUAUUACAAUACACGGUAAUGAUUCCGAAGAGCAGUCGACUCUUAGUUCAAACUCAGAAUCAGAGGAUGGGCAUUCCCAAAGGAAGUCCCCGUCUAGUUUAAACACAGAACCAGAGGAUAUGACUAUGCGUAAUGAUACCAAUGUUCCAAGUACAACAUUACUAGAAGCAACUGGUGGAGCAGGACCAGAGCCUGAAAACUGGGUUGUUGUUAAUCAUCUGGAAAAUGGAGAAGAUACAUCGUUGGACCAAAAAAAGGAUAUUGGUGAUGAAACAAAUAAAGAAGAUAAGAAUCGACUUUCAUCAACCAUUCCAGUUACGACGAAUUAUUUGAAUACAGAUGGGGAAGAUUUAAAACGAAUAGAUUUGAUCUAUUUAGAACUGUUUAAUAAACGAAAACAAAUACAGGAUAAAAUUUUACACUUUCUUUCACAGAGCGGUUACAACAAGGGGUUAAGCUUUAAUGAAGAUGGUAGUAUUAAACCACCUUUGAAUAACCAGGAGUUCUUUGCCCUGAAUGUUGCCAUUCGAAAAUAUCUGGAUAUCAAAAUGGUGUCACUAAAACAAUAUAAUCUAUCAGACAGCUGGUUUGACUCCAUGAAUGUUAUUGAAAAUAAUAUAGUUGUCGAGAGGAGAGAACCGCACAUCGUCAUAGUUGGACUAAAAGAUAUUGUUGAACGAGUAUUGGUGAAUCUACGUCAAUACAAACGAAAAGUGGGUGUUUGCACAGAAGGUCAUCAACAAAUAGAAACUAAUCGCGCGGCGGAGGGCACAGAAUAUUUCGGUUUGUAUCAUAUUGGAAUCAACUGUCCAUUAGAAUGUGAAUACAUCUGUAAAGCAGGAGAUCACCUACUAUAUGAACUACAGAAGACGUAUAGCUGUUUUAUAGACAUCCAACCAUUGGUUACUGGUACAAAGGAGAUUCACUUUGCAAAUUGGAUUUAUAAGUCUAAGGAAGCUGGACAUAUUGAAAUUCCAUUGAUUAUUGGUGAUCAUAGAACACUGCCAGACCAAUCUGAUAUUUUGGUGUUGGAACAAAACCAGACGGAUCAAAGCUAUGAAUCUGGGCAGCAAAGUAGUGAUAAUUUGGCACAUUACAGGAUCAUGCCAGAUUCUUCAAAGCAACAUUUAGAAGACCGUGUUAAGAAAGGAAAAUACAAAACUUUAAUAUUACUAAUGGAUAAAACCACGAAGAAAGAAACAGUUUCUUUUUUCUUAAAAGCUUGUAAAGAUUGGACCAAAAGGAUUUAUUUACCAAUGAAAUCAAGGCCACAGGUUAAUUGUUAUCUCUUGCAAACCCUGUUUGAGAAGGGUGAAUUGAAAUAUGGAGGUCAAGAUACAUUGGAAGAUGUACAACAUCAUCAGCCGUGUAAAGGACAUUAUAUUGAAAUGAAAAUUGGUCAGAUAAAUAAUCAAAACGUUGAUGUAAUUGUUGAUGUAGUAGAGAGUCAGACACUUCCACACAGAUAUGAUAUUAAAACAGUAAAAGUUUCGGAUAAACCAUUUCAAUAUAAAAUUGAAUUGAAUGUUCCACCAUACAGAUUUGACUCUUCAUCCCCAAUAAUAAGGGUGGCGUUAAUGGUGAAUGCAUGUUUACGAGAAGUAUCUGAGAAGAAGUUGGCGAGUAUAGCAUUUCCAGUUCUUUGUAUGGGUCAUGUCGGUUAUCCGGUCAACCUAGUAGCCAAGAGCAUGAUGGAAACAAUUGAUGAAUUCUUUAAAUUCCAUAACGACACAUCUUUAUGUCACGUGAUGAUAGUAAUACAUGAGCAUGGUACACGAUCUGAGGAGGUAUUCUGUGCCGAGAAUUUAUCUAGAAUAAAAGCAGGAAGAAUGGCAGGUGAUACUAUUCAUAGAGUUAAUAUAGAAAUAGCUGGAGAUAAAUUAAAGAAAGAGAAGAUAGAAAAAGCAAUCAAUAAUAUUAUCGAAAAAAAAGAGAUACCUGUAACCGUGGAUGAUGUUUCCAGCAAAAGAAGAGAAGAAAAUAUGGCUGCUAUUCGAUCUUGUGCUAUUGAAAAAAGAGAUGGUACCCACGAAUCAAGAUGUGUUAUUAUAGAAUAUACCGCCAAAGAACUUGGUAUGGCCAAUGUAAAGAAUGUAUUGGUACCAAACUUGAAGGCAGAGAUUCAACCUCUUUGUGUAGUUUCACCAUUUCAAGACAAUGUAUAUAAAGCAUUUCUGGCUUUUGGAAGCAAAAAAGUGAAAGAUGAAGCCUGUGCUUUAAUAAAGAAGAAAUAUGAAACUUCUAAGUUUAUCGAUAUGCCAGCAUCGCAAGAGGUGUUAACCCCUGUGAUACAUAGGGUGAACGUACAUAUCCAGGGUUGUAACGCCCUAAAGAAGGGUUUACAGGACGCUUCAGGUGUUUACACAAUGAGUACUAAUGGUGAAGUAUUUAUAGAAGGUUGUCCCCAACAGAUUGAGUUGGCUAAAAUAAUGUUACAAGAGAAGUAUGGUAAAAAAUAUAACCAAAAUACUGGACUCCAACCAGUACAGGUAGAACCAUGUUCAGUGAAGACAUACAAAUUUAGAGCUUUAAAAUGUCUUUUUGGUCAGGACAAAAUGAAGAUGAUUUGUGGUGAUGUCAAAGAAGUAGAUGGAGAAACACAUUUCAUCCUUCCAAAAGAUUCAAAAGACAAACUGGUGGAAGAUCUUGAGGAUUUAAUGUAUAGAAUACGUCAUGAAGAAAUUGACGUUAAUGACAAUAAAAUAGAAGAAGCCAAACGUUACAGAACAAACCAUGCUCAUAUGGAUACUGUCUAUGUUGAAUUUGAUACUAAAACCAGCAGUAUUCAUAUCUUAGGUGAGGAUUAUGUGGAGGUAGAGCUUGUCAGUUAUCAAGCUAAGGUAGCAGUUGGUAUCAUAAAAUUGACCAAUAAAAAACAGGAAAGUGCAAGAACAGACGAAUAUACACCCACCACUCCUCCUGUGAAAUUAGCACCACCAGUGAUCCAAGAACGCAUUUUCUAUACAAAGUGUAAAAAUCUGACAGUGUGUGUAAAGAAGAGUGAUAUAACUAGAUUAGAUGUUGAUGUUAUUGUAAAUGCUGCUAAUGGAAUGAUGAAACAUGGUGGAGGAGUAGCUAGGUUUAUAGCUACAGCUGGUGGAGAUGAACUAGAAAGACAGUGUAGAAGAUAUAUAGAUGAUAAUGGAGAACUACCUGUUACUGGUAUCUGUAAAACUACUGGUGGUAAUAUGAUCUGUAAACAAGUUUACCAUGCUGUAGGACCAUGUUGGUAUGAUUAUUCCAACAAACCGGACUGUGAAGAUGAUUUGUGUAAAACAAUUGUACGAUGUCUUGUAGAAGCAGAUCAAGAUGGUUUUCAAAGCAUCGCCAUUCCAUCAAUAUCAUCAGCUAUUUUUGGAGUACCUAAAAAUAUCUGUGCCCACAUGUAUGCAAAAGCAGUGAAAAGUUUUGAUGCAGUUUAUCCUGUGUCCAAUUUAAGAGAAAUCUACUUUGUUGAUGUCAUAGAUGGAAUGGUUUCAAUGGUUCAGACUGGUUUUGACAUGUUUUUUACUCAAGGAGAUGAUGAUGAUUUGAUUAAAGAAGAAAUUGAAAGGUUUAUUAAGGGGAUUACUUGUAAGGCUGCUGAACAGCAAUCAGGAGAGGAGAUAACUGACAAUAAACCACCAGAAUUUUCAAUGAUUGCUGUAACAAAAGAAGUAGACAAUAAACCCUAUAUAACCUGUAGCUUACAGUCUAUUAUUACUCUACAUAUCUACCAAGCAGCUGUUUUAUUAACUAAUACAGAUUCGAUCACAACUUGGGAAGAUACAGCAAUGACUAAUUUUAAGGCUUCUGCUAAAAAGAUAAUCAACGCAGCUGGGGAUGUUUACAAAGAAGAAAGAUCAAAGUUGAAAAGUGACGGUGAUUUUAAAGCUGGGUCUGUAUUGACUACAUCAGCAGGAUGUUUACCAUACCAACAUAUUUACCAUCUUAUUUCAUCACUUAAACCAGACAGGAGAGACCUAGAUGUUUUAAUGGAUAAUCUAGUAAAAGAGAUCAGUAUGACAACAGAUACAUCAGUUACAAUAGAUAUUGGAAACAUUGAUGCUGAUGUUCUGUUCACCUCUAUAGUAAACCUGUUUAAAACAGCCAAACCAUCCACAUUAAAAGAGAUACAUUUAGUUGCUGAAUCUGAAGACAAAAUAAAGAAGCUUCACAGUAACUAUGAAUAUUACAUAAAACAACUUGGUGGAAUUAUUAAAAAAUCAGAUAUAAAUUGUUCCAUAUGUUUAGAGGAAAUGUCUGUCUUUAAAACUCUGCCAUGUGGACAUACCUUUUGUGAACCGUGUGUAGAUGCAGCAAUUGCACAGAACCCUGUCUGUCCGAUUUGUCGUAGUAAUGCUUAUGGUGAAAUACAAAAAGGAAACCAACCUGAUGGUAAAAUGGAACACCAUAUUUUACACGCUCAUCUUGAAGGUUUUUCUCAUUGUGACACCAUAGAGAUAAUUUAUUCCUUCAACGAUGGUAUUCAGUCGGCGAACCACCCAAGACCUGGCUACCCGUUUAAAGGUAAAACAGAGACAGCCUAUUUACCUGAUAAUAUGGAGGGUAGAGAAAUCUUAAAAUUAUUAAAACUAGCGUUUGAUAAAAGAUUGAUAUUUACUGUGAGUCCAGAUGUGACGUCAUCAUCUGGUAGAGAGUUUGUAACAUGGAGUAACAUACCACAUAAAACAAGACAAGAUGGUGGACCUGAAAAUAAUGGAUACCCGGACCCAGAUUAUUUAAAUGAAGUGAAAAAGGCACUCCACACUCGAGGCGUCAUAAUACAAAAUACUAACUAGAGUAGUCCAAUAAUAAUCUAAAUUGAUGUAUCGGUCUUACCAAGUAGCUAAUCUAACUAUAUAAACAGCAUAUAUUUACAUACAAAAGAAAUUUAUCUGUAUUUAGGUUAAUCUUACAUGUCUUUUGUUUUUGCAUGUUUUUAUUUUUGAGGUAUAACCCCACCUAGAUGCUCUUUUUAGAAGUGUGUUUUAUAGUAUAAACUAUACAAAUCAGUCCCAUCAAAAAUUAAAAAUGUACAAUUUUAUUUGAAUUGCAAAUGUUUUGUGGCAUGGGGUGUUGUCUUGUUGUUGGGAUCAGACAAAAACCUGAGGUCCCAUAUAUACAAGUUGGUGUGCACCUUGCAUCUAAAUUUAAGAACCCUUGACAGUUGGUAUAAUUCAUAUAAGAGUAGGCCAUAGCACUGUUGUCUACGCAUAAUUUCUUAUAGCAUACUGCAUGGCAUAUGCCUGUUUUCAUUAGCCCAGUCGGUGCGAAAAAGUAGGACAUUAAUUAAAACCCAUUUCUUUUCAAUUCAUUAUAUGGAAGUUUUUGAAAUAUGAUGAAUAUUAUGAAGGUUUGAUACAAAAAAAACAACAUUUACAUAAUGAUUUUGCUUACAAAGGGAAAAAAUUCAUUAAAUUCAAACAAUUUCUUCCUGUGUGGACAGAAUAUUUUAGAAAACCCAAUCAACCUGUGAGCUAAUUAUAAAGGAGGAUGUCAUUAGUAUAUGAGCUAUAAUUUUAAUAACUUUAAAUUAAAUUUUUUUACCUUAUAAUUCCAUUUCUUUGGGGACAUUUCAAUUAGUUUGAAAACACAGUCAUUAUUAUUGUUUGGUAUUUUUUUUUCAUAAUAAUAAUAAAAUACCUUUUCUUUUCUUAAUAAGAUACCUCUCCUUUAUAAUAACCUUUGCUUAAUAAUAUAUCUCUCCUUAAUAAUAACCUUUCCUUAAAAAUAUACCUCUCCUUAAAGAUGCAUUAUGUAAUAGCUAAAUCUGCCUAUUACAUGUUUUUAUUUUGGCUUCAAAUGUUAUAAAAAUUAUUAUUUAGACAUUAAUUCACACAACAGGCCUCAACCAACUCUCUAGAGCAUCGGGUGAUGCAGAUGGAUUAAAAUGUAAUUGCCAUUUAACAUUUUAAAUUAAAUAUGGAGAAGCGAGGCAGAAUCUGGAUUAACAAGUAACACUGCUACAAUAAUAAACAAUCUAUGUCAAAACUUCAUACAGUGAUAACUUCCCUGAUUUCAAACAUAUAUUGCAUAUUUUAUGUUGUGAUUUGUAUUGAAUUAAUAAUUUCUUCAGUGUUAAAUUUAUAUUUUCAAUUAUAAUUAUAUAUUAUUAGGGUUGAUUUUUCUUUUUAUUAGGCUAUUAUUUUUUUAUGUUAGAUUUUAUUCAGAUGUAGCCUAUAUAUACUGAUGUCCAAAAGAAAGUAUACACACUUAAAGUAUGACUAAGUUUUGUUUAGAUUAAAAACAUUUGAUAAAGCAUUACUGAGUUUGUCUCUUGCGUCCAAACUCAACAUUUCUAAGCAAAAUAAAAAUGUGAAACAAAUUGACAUUCUACCCAAAUACCGUAUACCAUGGAAAAACGAAAGCACAAAAUGCACAGUCUAUACUUUCUUUUGGACAUGAGUAUAUUACUUUUUUAUGUUAGAUUUUAUUCAGAUGUUUAAAUUUUAACCCUGUGUAGUAACCUGUAUAACUGUACUAUAUAUGGCAACUUACCCAAGACACAUUUACGAUUGUCCGGAGGCUGGAACAGACCUAUUUUAUUAGUGCUUCUAUCUAUUAUAAACACUAACAGUACAAAUUUUGUGAGAGAUACUUUGCGGAGAUAGCCACUUGUUUUGUUUCAAAUGUACAAUUAUUUUAAUUAUUUUGGGAGAAUAGCUUUGGCACUUUUGAAAAAAAAGUACCGGUAUAAAAUUGUUAUAAUGUAGACAAAAAUUAAAUAUUAGAUUUUGUUUUGGUCAAAAUGAAAAAGUACAGCGUCUGUUGUUAGUAACCUAUGUGCAUUGCUAAAUAUGUGGUAAGUUGAAUUGGGUGUUCUUCUAGCAUCAGCAUACCCUGCCUUCCCUCUUCCGCCAUGCAAGUAGAUGAGAUCAGUUCUAUUGACAUCUGCCAUUCAGCAUAGUGACUGUUCUAGCAUCAGCAUACUCCUCCUCUUGCACAAUACCACAAGUAGGUAAAAGGGCCCUAUGAAUAUCAAUAUCAGGCAGUGAGGUUUGUCUUGAUGACCUGUGGCUGUAAUUAACUUUAGGUAGAACCACUCUUGUAUAGAAUCAAUGGCUGUAUUUGUUGUUUAUUUUUUUUCUAUAUUUGUCGACAGGUUUGUUUUAUCGGUUUUGUAUUGCAUGCACUGCACUGCACUUAAUAUUGGACUUUAAUAAAGAUAUAUAGAAUAGAAAUGUU